AAUAAUGACUCGCCACGGUUGAUGCUCAAGAGAAUCAUCCGGACCCAACCGCAAGUUUCACCUCUGGCACAUGAGAUACCUAAACAUGAAGAGACAGAAGAAGGUCAGUUAGAACUCCCAUCUAAGAGGGUUUCCAGCACGGUGGAAAUGCAACUGCCAGACCUCGCUCCUGAGGACACAUCUGUCACCACAUUCCACAUGACUAAGAGGAGAAGGAAAUUCAGCAUUUCGGAGUUUGAGAAAGCAGUGGACAAACGGCUUCCCCAGCACCAAGCUCAGUCAACGCUGGACAGCACUACUUUGGCUCGAUCUCUUCGCAUGUCUCUUGGUUCCUUGAUCCCACCAGAGACGGUUGAAAAGAGAGGCCUACUCCGGAGGCCAAGAAAUCGCAAAGCUAUUGACAUGGAAGCUUUUGAAGGCAGAGUGGAACAGAACAUGCUGAAGAGAAAAGAGCAGAACUACGAUGUGGACUCAGGAACAGCAUCUGGGAUGCGAACAGCCAUGCUGACAAGUGACACAGAAAUCAUGCUGAGUAACACGGAGCUCUUUAUUCAGCCUGAGUUUGAUAAGCAGAGCCAGAACAAGCUUUCUGCUCUCGAACCACAGCUGGUGGAUUCAAAAACUUCAGCACAGAGAACCAAGAUUUCUGACACAACCCAAGAGGAAGCAGGGUUGGUGGGCCUGGUAUCCAGUGUGGGCACAAAUGAGGGAAGGACCCAAAGAUGUUCUGAGGACUUGAUCCAUGAUCCUGAGGGUGUUGAUAGAAUGACUGAUGUGUCUCCAAAAACACCUGCAGACCGGCAAGGAGAUAAGCAAGGUCGUUCCCGACGGAGCAACCCAAUGAAACAGCUUUCUGUGUUGGAAGAGGUGGUGGUUGGCAAGCAUCGUGCAGAUGCUAGAUCUUCUGAACAUCUGGAGAAGAAGCUGACCAGAAAGGCAGAAUCGCAGAUAACUGAGGCACAGGAUGCCAGAGCGGAAGCAGAAAUGGCCUCUUCGGAGGAAGAGGGAGUAGCAGAAGGCAGUGUUGAACACCAAGGCUCUCCCGAAGCCGAACGUGAGAUUGCCCAUGAAAUCGGAGCGGGAAGUCUGGAAAGGCAUUCUGCUAUUCCUUCCUCUGAAAAAUCUGGGAUGGAGCCAUUAAAAGAAGCUGUUGAAGCAGCAGGUGAACUAAAGGACCAGGCUGUGAUGGUGGAGUUGGACGGUGUGGAAGAGGAGUCUGCUGAGGAUGAGGCUGAAGAUACUGAGAGCGAAGAGGUUUCCAUGAAGACACCCACGUUUGUCCGUGCUGCAGCCCUCAAGACGCUGCUGCCAACACCGUGUCCUGCAAAACCUGCUGCUCCCAAUUUCCCCUCAGGGUCUCCCCUGCAGCCGCCGCGGGCUAAGCCAGUCCCAAAGAGCUCGGGAGCGCCGCGGAGGAACACACGUGAGCCUGAAAUAGCAAGCAGUUUGAUAAAGAACAUAUUUAGCCAUUAUGUGAAGAUGCCAGUGACCAGAGACGCAUUCACAGUCAUUCAGAAAUGCUCUGAGAGAUACUUCAAGCAGCUGAGCAAUGACCUGGAAGCUUACAGCAACCAUGCGAGGAGGAAGACCGUGGAGAAGGCUGACCUGGAAGUCCUCAUGAGAAGACAAGGGCUGGUGACAGACAAG